ACAGUGACGGACACAGGAAGUAUUGCGUCCUUUCAGAUCAGGGAAACAUUUCAACCAGUGUUUUCGUCGCCAUGGCCUUUCAACAAUAAGACUGAAUUAGGCGGCGACUUCCUAUUAUUAUAUUAUAUUAUAACAAGUUUAAGUGACUAAAGAUGCCGAAGGUCGUGUCUAGAAGUGUUGUUUGCUCGGACACCAGAGACCGAGAGGAGUACGACGAUGGGGAAAAGCCUCUCCACGUCUACUAUUGCCUGUGCGGCCAGAUGGUUUUGGUGUUGGACUGCCAGCUGGAGAAGCUGCCCAUGAGGCCCCGGGACCAAGCCAGGGUGAUCGACGCGGCCAAACAUGCCCACAAGUUCUGCAACGUGGAGCAGGACGAAAGCGCGUACCUCAAGCGGGCCGAGGGCAUCGAGAGGCAGCACCGCAAGAAGUGCAGCAAGUGCGGCCUGCUGCUCUUCUACCAGCACCAAGCGAAGAACCACCCGGCCACCUUCAUCGUGGACGGAGCCGUGGUCAAGUUCGGCCUGGGCUUCGGCAACACCAGCGUCUACAGUCAGAAGCAGCCGGAGGCUCCCAAGAAAGUCCGGGUGAUGAUGACCAAGCGGACCAAGGACAUGGGCAAGUUCAGCUCCGUCACGGUGUCCACCAUCGACGAGGAGGAGGAGGAGAUCGAGGCCAGGGAGGUGGCGGACUCCUACGCCCAGAACGCCAAGGUGAUUGAGAAGCAGCUGGAGAGGAAGGGCAUGAGCAAGAGGAGGCUGCAGGAGCUCGCUGAGCUGGAGGCCAAGAAGGCGAAGAUUAAGGGCACCCUUAUUGAUAAUCAGUUCAAGUAGAGGAGGCUCAAUGGGGGACACAGUUAUCCCCUGGAAACCACCAUCCACAGUGGAUAUUAACUGUCAAGUACUGGGCAGUAGUUUGUCAGCCAGUGCUGGAGAGCGCUCCAGUACAUGGAGAGGACAAUAUUUUUGACAUAUCCAUGCAGGACUGAUGUGUGUAGGUGCUGCAUAUUAAGAUGGUGAUAUUGUAGACCUUUUUAAUUUCGUAUUUUUUUUUUAUUUUAAUUUUGUACAAACAUUAAAAGACCAGAUUACCCUGUU